AAAAAGGAAAAGGAGAAAAAAGAACCAUCAAACUCGCAUGAUCUAGCAUUGUCUGUGCGUCGUGUCCUGUCGUGCGUCGUCUAUAUAUGAGCGCGCAGCUGGGAAUCUGGUCUUGCUUCCCCGCAGCGAGAGGCUUGUAAAUCUCAAAGUUGAUACUCAAAAGAGGAUCAGAGCAUUUUCACUCCAAAGAGAGUCGAACACAAUGGAGAGAAGCAGAAGCAGAGCAUGCCUGUACCUGUGGAUUCUCCUCCAUCUAUUUUCCGCAUCCGUCUUCUUCAUCCACAGCGAUGCGAGAAGGAUGGCGCCUCGGUCCAAAGGCGCGACGCAUCCGACGGUGCCGGCCCUGAGAUCCACGAAAAGAAUGAGAGUGACUAGAAACCUGGACUCGCCAUCGAACAUCCAGCCUUACGUGAGCUCGCCGUUCACGCUGCCGCCGUACGAUUCGCUUCCCCCGAUUCCUCUGCCUGAUCUCAGCCCUCCAUACUGCAUAUACCCACCAUUGACUCCACAGCCCCCAGCUUCCACAACAAACCCACCUCCCACAAUGACCACACCAACACCACCAUAUAUCUACGUCCCACCAAUCCUUCCCUUUCAAAGCCCGCCUCCCAGCCCGGCUGCCGUGAUUCCGGGCCCGCCUGAGUCGUUCCCUAGCCCUCCAGGCCCUGCAAUUGUCCCUACCCCCCCAGGCCCCGGAACCGGUCCUAGUCCUACCCCUCCAACGAUCAACCCGCCUUACUACGUGCCUAGCCCCCCAAUCUUCAUUCCGAGCCCGCCCUCUUAUGUCCCGUCCCCGGGCGGCAUUGUCCCAAGCCCGACUAUAUUCCUCCCGCCGGUUGUCUACCCUCCUCCCACGGUGCCGCCACCCCCGAACACCAGUCCUAGCAUAUCCCUGUGGUGCGUGGCCAAGCCCUCAGUGCCCGAGCCCAUCAUCCAGGAGGCCAUGAACUACGCCUGCGGAUCCGGCGCUGACUGCGCCUCGAUCCAGCCACAGGGCUCAUGCUUCCAGCCCAAUACGCUGUUCGCGCAUGCCUCGUACGCGUUCAACAGCUACUGGCAGAGGACCAAAGUGGCCGGCGGCUCAUGCUCCUUCGGUGGCACGGCCAUUCUAGUCACCGUCGAUCCUAGCUAUGAUGGAUGCCAUUUUGUCUACCUGUAGCAAGUGAAACAGCCCUGUUCUCGGCGACGUUGAGGAGCAGAACACAGAUGAUUUCUAUGCCAUCCCACUUCCUAAAAUUUUUUUUCAUCUUUCCCUUGGAAUAAAGUAGGAAUUUCGGUUCGUUUUAUCAGAGGAUGUAUGGAUUUUUGGCAGUAGAUAUACAUUCAUAAGGUGUUAUCA